GCACAUGCGGUACAAGCAGAGCUGAUCGGGAUUCCUCGUCUCUGGUCUGUCUGUGCUCCACCACCUGCUGCUGGUGCCAUGGCCAUGGGUAGUCUCGCCUUCGCCACGGCGCUCGUCUUCGUCUUCGUCUUCGCCAUCGCCGUGCCGGCCGUCGCCGCCGCCGCGCAGGCCCCCGCCCCGGCGCCCACCAGCGACGGGACGUCGAUUGACCAGGGCAUCGCGUACCUGCUGAUGAUCAUGGCGCUGGUGCUCACCUACCUCAUCCACCCUCUGGACGCCUCCGCCCCGUACAAGCUCUUCUGAGCGAGCAGAUUUUCUCCUCCAUUUUUUGGUAGGCUUUUGUAGUGGAUCACUAGAGUAACUGGGGGUGGUGGUGUGGGUGUGUGGGUGAGAUUCGGUACCUAUUCAUUGCCAUGAAUUACAUUCGGUUUCGCGUGUGU